AUGGCUCGCGGGACAGUGCAAGCGGCUGGAGAGAUGGCCGCGGCGGACGGUAGAAUGAACCAGAAAGAGACGCGGGGUAAAGCAGGACAAGAUAGCGGUCAGGAGGCGGACUACACGAAGGGCAUCUUCCAGUCGAUCGGCUUCAAGGAGUUCCACGAGUACCUGCUGCUGGCGGAGGGCGAGCGCGAGUGCGAGCGCGGCCGCCGCAUGUUCCAGGAGGCCGUGGCGGCGCUGAAGACGGUGACGCGCCGCUACGCGCGCAAGCAGGUGCGCUGGGUCGUCAACCGCUUCCUGCGCCAGCCGCAGCGCCAGGUUCCUCCUGUGUAUGCUUUUGAUACAUCCGAUCCCUCUAAGUGGGAUGAUAUUGUGUAUAAACCAGCAGUACACGUUGUAGACUCUUUGCUGAAUGGAAAAACUCCUACUGACAUAAAACCACUUCCCUUGGAGGAACCACUCAGUAAUGAACCAACUAGCUUUCAUUGUGAGGUUUGUGAUCGUAUCUUCAUUGGGAAUAUUCAAUGGGAAGCACAUAUUAAAUCAAAGAAACAUAAAAGAGUUGUUCAGCAGAAGAGAAAGGAAAAGCUCGGCCUGAAAUUUAGAUCCAGGAAGGAAUCUGAAGAAAAAUAUACGGAUGUACAAAUUGAAGAGAAUACCUGUACUACUGGGUCUCAGACUGAAGAUCAAGAAAAAGGGAACAAGGAAGUAUUGACUGAACCAUAAUCUGCUUACAAGAAGGAAUCUGAAGAGACCAAUAAAAUGAAAGAAUAUUCUUGCACAGAAAGCAGAUUUUUGUCUAUCACUACAUUGCACUGACAUGUUCUGCAUGAAAAUAAUAAAAUGAUUGUUGGCCAUUUUCUUGCUUUAAUAGUAGGUAGUAAUGUAGUUUUGAUUUUCUUAUACAGAAUACUUUCAAUAAUAGCAUUGUUUUAUUUUAGGGUGAUACUAUAUGGAAUCAUAUUAUUGUUAUAAAGUAAAAAAAAAGAAAAAAACUAGGCAGACAAGACCACAGCUUUGGCAUUAUUUUGGUAUUGUUGUAAUAAUGCUUUUUAUGAUUUCAAAACUAUAUGUAUUUUCAUACAAGAAAAUUGUCUAUUGAAGCAAGAAAACUACAUUAUUUUUACCACAUAAGUGAAUAUUGUAUGCAAAAAUAAAAUGUAAGUUUCAAAGAUUGAUAGGACAAACUUGAACCAAAAAACAACAACAAACAAACAAUUGUGUAGCUCACUCAAUACUGAGGCCUUAACAAUGUACAAAAUGUUGAUAAUAUUUGACCUUUUAUGUGCCAUAUCAAAUGUAUUGUGUGGUCUUUGUUGCAAAAGUUAAUUCCAGUUGUUGCCAAAGAAUGAGUAUAUGUGAUAAAGUUUAAUGUAGGAUGUUUUAUUAGAUAGUUGUUGUCUAAUCAUUCAGUAACUAACGUAGUGUUAAUGAGAGCAUCUGCUUUAUGCACAGUACCUUAUAAUUUAGAUUGUUGCAAAACUAAACUAAUCUGGGUCAAUUGCAUACUAUAUUACAAAUUACGUAUUUUUGAUACUAUAUUUUCAAAAUGUAAACAGUUACAAUGAACUAAAAAAGGUUAUUUUUGUAUUUUGAAAUAGUAGAUUUUGUGUUACUUUCGAUUGUGUUUACAUUUUAUCUGUAGUUCUCAAGAAAAUGGUUAUCAAAAUUUCUGACAUUUAUUUUCUGUUUUGCAAGUUAAUGGCAACUUAACUGUUAUAUGUUAUGCCACAUUCUAUAUGUUUUUCAAUAAAAAGAAC